UUUUCUCUCUCUGUGGCCCCACUCCAACCUUGGAUUGCGAAAGUCGAGGAAAGCGAGAGAACCACCCAAAAAACAACUGAAAAAAAAAAAAAAAGAAAAACUAAACUCAACAAAUAAACAGGGGGAGUACAUGAACCAGCAGACUUUGGAGUACCCUUUCAAAGUUCUUAAUGUAAAUCCUACUCCCUCGUUCAUGCCCAACAGAAUGGUGAUGCCAACUUCGGGCUUGGUGCAAGAUGGCAACUUAGCCAUUCCUGAUGCUUUAAAAGUUCUUAAUGUAAAUCCUACUCCCUCAUUCAUGUCGAACAGUAUGAUGAUGCCAACUUCAGGUUUGGUACAAGAUGGCAAUUUAGCCAUUCCUGGUGGACUUUUUAAUCAAAAUCAGUUAAAUGAUGUGACAAUGGAUUACAAAGAGAUUGUUGAUGACCCUAAUCAAUUUGGCUUCUUAAAAGAAUUCUUUGGUGAUAGACACAAGGCACAAACUGCUGGAUACACCACUAUGGAUUGGAAUAUUGCGCCAGCCUUGGGUAUGCUGCCGGUUGAGGGUGAGAUGGUCCUUUCCUCCGGACAGGCCUCAACCAUCACUAGUUGUUAUGGUGGGGAUGGCUUUUCUGAUGUCGGAUCUCUUGAAAGUAGGCCACCCUUUUCAAAGGGAAAAUUACUACAUCUUUAUGAUGGCAAAAUAAAUAUGAUGGAUCACAUAGGUUGGUUGGGGAAUAAUCAGAGCUCUGAUUCCAUGGUUUUCCCACAUAUACUAGGAGGAUCCUUGGCAUUUUCUGAAGCAAAUACACAGACCUCGCAGGAAAUUUUACAGGAACUUUCUGAAGUGCCUGAUAUAUUGCCUGGUCUGAACUCAGCCAUGGCUAGUUCAACUAUUAUUCCGUACAUGCAGUCUUCUAGACCAUCUGAGGCUGAAGCAAAAUGUUCUUUCACUGGAAAAAAUCAAUCUUACUGUCCAGUAGAGGCAAAAACUGCAGGUCAUUUUCCUCAGCUCCCUUUAGAAAAUGCACCAGCAGAUUCAAGGAAUCAAUUGACAUGGGCUAUCCAGCAUAGGGUUUUACUUGCUUAUAUCCAGUACAAGAAAUCAAUGGUGAUUAUAGGCAAUUCUCAAGUUUCUUUCGUGAACCAUAUGCAUUCUGCAACCUGCAACAAACAUGCAUGUAAAUGUGAACAAUUUUUCUCACUUGUAUCACAUUUUGAUGGCUGUCAUGAUGCUGAUUGUAAUAUAUGCAGUCCUGUUUGGUAUAGUUGUGUCACCAAUAAACCUCACCCUAAGUUUGAACGUGUAAAAAGAGGUCUUUUAAGGGAUGGAGAUUCUGACCAGCCCAGCUGUGGUAGUUCAGAAACCAUGCAACCUUCUUUGAAGCGUUUGAAGGUAGAAAAUCCUCUUUGUCCUAGCUUGACUGAGAAUGGUAUAUGUUGUGCAAAGGCUCCACUGAAGGUUCAACCAUGUUAUGCCAAGCUUCCACCCUUGCGGCAGUUGCCAGAAUCUCCUGUAUCUAAUAAUUCUGAGGUUAUGGAGGUGAACAUGGAAUUGCUACCAAAGCUUAUAGAAGCUUCUAUGAGCACUAAAGAUAUUAGUUAUAAUGUUGCAGAUAAUUUUCCUAUAUUGCCUACUGAGAAUUUGCCGGGUGCUUCAGAAGUGGUUGUCUGCAGUUAUAAAUUGGAGGAAACAGAUGCUGUUGGCAGUGAAAAAGAAGGGGGUAUGGACUUCAGAAGUGAUACCGAUAUUGCAGACAAUGUAAUAGAUCACUCCAACAUUUUGGAAUCCAAUACUUUGCCCAGCUUCUCUGAAGGACUUGCUGCUGGUUAUGAAGAGGAAGAAACAGAAGCCAGGACUAAUUCCAACCAGGCAGAGCUAGCAAUAGAGAAUGAGCUCAUUACACAAGAAUCAAAUUGCGGAAAGGAACUUUCUGCUGGUUGUGAAGAGGGAGAAACAGAAGCCACAACUAAUUCCAACCAGGCAGCUCUAGCAAUAGAGGAUGAGCUCAUUGCACAGGAAUCAAAUUGUGGAAAGGAACUUGAUGCUGGUUGUGAAGAUGGAGAAACAGAAGCCAAGACUAAUUCCAACCUGGCAGAGCUAGCAAUGGAGAAUAAGCUCAUUGCACCGGAAUUGAAUUGUGGAAAGGAAAUAGAGUUGGAGAGUCAAACAAUAAGGGGUUUGUCCUUAAUUGAAAAUUUCACAGCCCAGCAAAUAAAGGAACAUAUAUCAAGUCUCAGGCAGUGCAUAGAUCAGGAUAUACCAAAGAAAGAAAGGGGAAAGAGAAUAAGCAAUGUCUACAGUGAGAACUCAUGCCAGUUGUGUGGAGCAGAUAAGCUUUCACUUGCCCCAGCACCAAUAUAUUGUUCAUCAUGUGGUAAUCGUAUCAGGCGCAGUGCAAACUAUUAUAUCACACCUGAAGAAAAGGACAUCAGAAUUUGUCUUUGUACCUCAUGCUAUAAGGUAUCUCGGGGGAGGAGCAUCGUGUUUUCUGGGAUUGCUCUUUCCAAGGCAAAGCUGGAUAAAAUUAAGAACGAGGAGGAAGCUGAAGAAUCGUGGGUUCAGUGUGAUAAAUGUGAAGGCUGGCAACACCAGAUAUGUGCCCUCUUUAAUGAUAAAAAUGAUAUGGAAGGAAAAGCUCAGUUCAUCUGCCCAAUAUGCUGCCUAAAAGAAAUUCAAAGUGGAGAACGUAUGCCCCCACUGAUGAGUACUGUUUUUGGUGCAAAAGAUCUCCCGUGUACCAUGCUUAGUGACCACAUAGAGCAAAGACUCUUUAGGCGUCUUCAAAAAGAAAGAGAAGAGAAAGCAAGGGUUACAGGAAAGCGCAUUGAUGAGGUUCCUGAAGCAGAAGGUCUUGUUGUUAGAGUGGUCGUAUCUGUUGACAAACAUGUAAAAGUGAAGAAGCAGCUUUUAGAAAUAGUUCAGAAUGAGAACUACCCUGCUGAGUUUCCGUACAAGUCAAAGGUUAUUCUUUUGUUUCAGAAGAUUGACGGGGUAGAUGUAUGCCUUUUUAGCAUGUAUGUCCAGGAGUUUGGCUCAGAAUGUGGUCACCCAAAUCAACGCUGUGUUUAUAUUGCAUAUCUUGAUUCUGUGAAGUACUUUAGGCCUGAGACAAAAACUGCAGCUGGAGAAGCUCUUCGAACUGUUGUUUACCAUGAAAUAUUGAUUGGAUACCUUGAAUACUGCAAGAAACGAGGGUUUGCAACCUGCUAUUUAUGGGCCUGUCCACCUUUGAAAGGAGAAGAUUAUAUCUUAAACUGCCACCCAGAGAUUCAGAAAACGCCAAAGACCGAUAAGCUGCGGCAGUGGUAUCAGUUCAUGCUACAAAAGGCUGCUAAAGAGAAAGUGGUGGUUGGUUUGACAAACUUGUAUGAUCACUUUUUUGUUUCCACUGGGAAAUACAACUCCAAGGUGACAGCAGCUCAUUUGCCAUAUUUUGAUGGUGACUACUGGUCUGGUGCUGCUGAGGAUGUGAUAAAUAAUAUUGAGAAAGCAAGUUCAGAAGACCCAAAAAAGAUGGGCAAAAGAAUAAUGUCAAAGAGAACAUUGAAAGCUAUGGGACACACAAAUCCUUCUGGUGAUGCCACUAAGGAUAUUCUGCUGAUGCAAAAGCUGGGGCAAACUAUUUUACCUAUUAAGGAGGACUUUAUCAUUGCCCACUUGCAGUUUGUGUGCAUACAUUGUCAUAGAGCUAUACUAUCUGGAUGGCGAUGGUUUUGCAGCCUGUGUAAAGGCUUUCAGCUAUGUGAAAGGUGCCAUGAUGCAGAGCAAAAUGUCUACAAGGAUUGCUCUCACACUUUAUGUAAUGGGGAAAAACACGCACUGUGUAAGAUUAUGGUGGAUGAUGUGCCUUCUGAUACUGAUGAUACAGAUGCCAGUAUGGAUAAUGGUUUAUUUGGAAAUAGGCAUAGUUUUUUGAGCUUCUGUCAGAAGAACAGUCAUCAGUUUGACACACUUCGUCGGGCCAAGCAUUCCUCAAUGAUGAUCCUACAUUACCUUCACAAUUCAACCUUGCUGACUGCUGAGACCACCUGUAUUAUUUGUUACAAGGACACACCAAUGGACCAGUCCUGGCUAUGUGAGAUCUGCCCCAAUGUUGCUGUUUGUGCUGCAUGUUACCGAAGAGAUGGUUGUUCUUUGCAUAUUCAUAAGUUGAUUCUGCAUUGUUCUGCAGUUGAUUCUGCGACCAAAAAUAGAGAGGCCAAGAAGAAGGAAUUACUGAAAAUGCGACUGCUGGAUGUUUUGCUGCAUGCCUGUCAAUGUCGCUCCCCCUGCUCCUACCCUAAUUGUCUUCUCAUCAAAAAGCUAUUCUUCCAUGCAAAAAAGUGCACUGUCAGGAUUUCUGGGGGUUGUGAGCAUUGUAAGAAGAUGUGGCUCAUAUUGAGACUGCACUCCAGAAAUUGCAAAGACUCUGAUUGUGACGUACCACGCUGCAGGGAUUUAAAGCAACAUGUCAACAGCCGUCUGCAACAAUUGGAAGAGGCUGCACAUGAAGAACCACCGAUCGUACCUGAUCAGAUGGGUCAGAGAAUUUAACAUCUCAGUUGUACAGUUAGAGUAGGAAUGUCACGAUGGAUACAAGUAUAUAGCAUGUCAUAGAGAACAGUUUGAGAGUUACCUAGCGGAGGUCAUGAAAUCUUUGCUUUCUACCUCGCACUGUUGUAUAGCUUCUUAGCAUCAAUUUUGGUAUGAAUAGAGAGUGGACACCCCAUUUAGGAGGCAGCUUUGAGGCGUAGUGAACAUUUCGUGGAUGUGCAAGUAAUGUAAAUAAUAAUAGUAAUAAUAAAAAUAAAAAUAAACUGUUUGGUAAUUAUAUUUUUUAUGA